UAUAAUAUUAAUACUAAAGGUAAGCAUGCCGCGGAAAUCAUUUUCGCCCUAUCUCUAUUAUAAACUGCUGUAGAAAAAGCUAAGGGCACUAAAAAUAUUAAUUAUUUCACUAAUUGUAGGAUCCGAAACAGUUUUGGCUAUAUUUUUCAGCCAGAAAGUUUGCUUUCAUCACCCUUUUACCCAUUCUGUCACCUAGAACAUCUUGAUAGCUUAUUUUAAAAACUAGGAAAGCUAUGAUCUCUCUAAAUAUAUCCCUUAGUCUCAUUGCUAUUGCUCUAUUUUUCGAAGUGGGUUAGGUUUCCUACCUCCCAAAAUUUGGCAUGAAAUAGUUAAUUUACUAAAUUUGAUCCUCCUUUCAAACAGCAAGUGGCUUAAAAUCACUUAGCAAGAAUGCUAUUUUAAACCAAGGAAUACUUGUUUCCAUAUAGUAUACAUCUUUCCAAUUUUGUUGUGGUCAAGAGUUUAGGCUUCUUGGCCAAUGAAAAUUUGAAAAUUAGUAUGAAAACCAUUCAGGCUUACUUCCUUCAAAAAUUACACAGCGUGAACUUUUAUUGAAGAAUUAAAAUAAAUUUAUUUCUAAACACUCUAUUUUCGAUUAGAGCUUGUGCACCUUAGGACUUUAGCUAGAGGGAUUCACUAUCAACUUAGUCCAAGAUACGGUCGAAAGAAUUUAUUAUAAAUAAUUUCACCCAAUAGUUAAUAGGGUAGAGGUUUAUUUUAGGUAAUCAUAUUUGAACGACAUUCUUACAAGUUUAUAGUUAUCAGAGCUUUAUUCACCUAAAUUUUGGUAUUUUUAGUUGAUAACCUCCCAGUUUGGUGUCUGGUGGUGACUCAACCCAAACUUCUGGCGGUGAAUUAAUUUUAGCGUGUUACAAUUUCAGACUCACUUAAAUUCUUUUCCUAAUUUAAAUUAACGUGGUCCUAACUGUAGUUACUCCUUAGCAGCUAAUUUUUCAAUUUUAGCCACAUUUUUAAACUCUUGGUUUCUUCGUGCUUAGAUGUUGUAUGAAAUUUCAGAAGAUUCAUGAAGUUUAUAUAUUUUAAUUUAGAAAUCUUAUCAAAUGUAUACCGAUUUUAACCAAAAUUAUCAAACUGUCAUCAAGAAUCAUGGUAUGUCAGGAGCCUCGGAAGGACAAAAAUCUUUCAUCCAGAUUAAAGAUCUCGGAGAGACCAGCCAGAAUCAAAAUAACUCUAGAAUUCCACAAGGUUAUGGAGAGCUAUUACAUACUCCUAUGGCUGUUGCUCAAGCUCUGAAUCAAGGGAAGAUGAUCAAUAUCUCUACCAUCGAUUCUAGUAUUCAGCAAGCUCAGGUUAACCUGAAUCAACAGCUUAUCCUGAUAAAGGUCUUGGAGAAUGCCAAGACUCAGGCUCUGCAAGAGGAGAUGAUAAGAAAUGUAGCUGCUUCUGAUGCUUACUCUCUGAUCCCGAAGGGAGCCAAUAUAUUUGCUCCAAAGCCAAUGCAUGCAAAAGUAGAAUCUGGUAGGAUCGGCAGAUCCCGCUCAAUGUAUGUAACGAAUAACCCGCUCAAGACCGAAGGAUCUUCUGGAGAAAAGAGUGUUGUGUCAGAUAAGCCUUCUGAGGAAGUAAGCCAAGCUAGUGGUAACAAAGAAGUCAGUGAAGCUGGUGCCAACCGGAAGCGUAUGAAUGUGUUCAAAUGUCCACAUAAAGAUAGAAAACACUACGCUAAAAAUAUGUGGAGAAAUAAAUAAGGCGACUGCAUGUCCUCACACUGAUAGACAAAACUAUGCUAAAGGAAAGUGCCAGAACUGCUACCUCAAUGAUUACCACAAAAACAAGAGGAAGCAAAAGAAGAAGGCUCUUCUUGAUGAACAGGAGAAGAAAUCCAGAACGAUUUCAAUGGAGACAUCUAACACUGAAGGAAUCAAGGAAAAUGAGGUUUUAGCCUCUGCUGGAAAGACUCAGUAAUUUUCCUUGGACUUGAUGACUCUCAAGGGGUUCAAAUUCAAACUUUUUCGGCUAAAAAAGCCAUGAACUCUAAGAGUAAAUUUACUAUAAGCUUUUUGGCUUUAUAAUUCUAUAUCAAAUUU